UUGUGGAAUAAUUGUCCAGGACAUUUGCAUCACGAGCAUGUCUGCCAACGAGCGGUUGACGAUCCAGGCGCUUAAGGAUCAUGACAAAGUCCACCCCAAAAUGUCGGCUUCCGGUGCAACUCCGGUAAAAGAGCCACACGGUCCUACAAAAGCAGCGAGUUCCCGCAUUUCCGUAUCGUCCCGUCGGAGCCACACGAGCGGCGAGCAGACUUCCUCUCGAUCCGACAAAAACAGCCACCCGCCCACCAAACUCAACUACUUCAAGUUCGUUCUAGCGACCAAAGCAUGGCGUCAACAGGCCAAGGACCGGAGUAUACGGAGUGAGAAACUAUCAAAGCCGGUGGUUAAAUACGAAAACACGUAUAAAACUGAGCCGGAAGAUGGACAAUUGUUUGCCCCGGGACGUGUGGAGCAAAUGAUAAAAGAAACGCUCGAACACAGGCUGAAAACUGUUAAAUACAGCUCGGAUAAGUCUAGAAUCAUUGCCACAGAGCUCACCGCGGAUAUUAAAAGCAAGGUGAAAGCAAUGGGCUUCCCGCGGUAUAAAAUCGUGUGUAACAUUAUUAUCACAGAAAACAAGCGGCAGGGACUUGAAGUGGCCAGUAGAUGUAUCUGGAACCAACAGACGGACAACUUUGCUUCCUAUACCUACAGAAACGCAAGCUUAAUUGCAAUAGCUAAUGUGCACGGAGUCUACUUUGAAUGAAGUCUAG